AUGAUCCACUCCCCAUCUACCUUGAGCACAUCACAGAGCUUCUGUGAGAUUCAGGCCCUCACCUACAAGGCUGCAGCUCUCCCCAGCUCCGUGCACAUGCACUUCACCCAGCGAAGAAGCAAGCAGACCCUCUGCCCUUUGGAGUCUGGAGGAUGGAGAGAGGCACCCUCUUCCCCCGAGAAGUCAGAGGUCCCCAGGGUCCUGGCCAGCAGACAGCCUUUUGUCACGUGGAGCAUGGCCAUCUGUGAUGCCAGCGCUGGUGCUGCAGAGAGCCCAGACUCAUGGAAUCUGCAGAGAGGCGGGGCACUCUGCAGCCCGUCAGGCUGGGGUCACAAGCGCCGGGGCGCACACAAGGGAACGCAGGAGCAGGUGCACCCAGGGCAGUGGGCCCAGCUGCGCAUGCCUGUUGGAGAGUAG